UAAAGGUUCCGUCUGCCUUAGGCUCCGGUAACUGUGGAAAGAGUGACAGGGCUUGUUUGGGUUAUUAUCAUGGAAGCGGCCAACUGCUCCCUGACGGUGAACAGGCUCCUGCUGGACCCCAAGUUUGAAAGCUAUAAAUUGUCCUUGGACCCACUACCUUGUUAUGGUGUGGAGCUGGAUACUGCUGUGGCAGAAUUGAAGCUCCGGGAUGACCAGUACACGCUGGACCACAUGCGUGCUUAUGGCAUGUAUAAUUAUCUCCACUGUAAUCCAUGGUCCUCCGACAGUGUCUUCUACGUGGAUCAGCUCGGGAGAGUCAUGAACAUCAAUGUGACGCUGGAUACAGCAUUGGGGAAACCGAUAGAAGUCUUCAGAUUUCCAAGCGAUCUCAACCCCUGUGAUGGACGCCUGUGCUCCUCCAUGCACUUCACAUCACCCGACUGGGUGACCCUGUCCGAUGGGACGGGAACCUUGUAUCUCAUCCACAUUUCAAAGAAUGAUCAAUCUGCCACAGUAAAAUGGGACCUGAAAUGUAAUCUGGAGUUGGGGGACCCGUUCAUCGUUCUUCACAGUAUUCUGUGUGCUCGGGGUGAGGGGGAGCUCAUCGAUGUUCUGGUAUUAUCUAUUGAAAAAGAUGACCUAGACAUUAAAGGCAGCGGAUUCCAUGUCUCCUUGGAGUGGAUAUCUAUAGCGUGCAGCCCAAAUAACGAUCAAUGUGAAAUCUUGAAACGUAGGAAGCUUCAUGGCAAGUCUGUCCCGCAUUAUGCAGCUAUUGAACCGGGUGGAAAUGGGUUGACAAUUAUUUCUUACAAACCCUUCAGAUACAUUGUAGAUGAGGAAAAUGAACCAGAAGAGGAGAAAAUGGAAGAGGAGGAGAAAAAAGAGCCCCUUUAUAUUUGGCAGCAGACAGCGGAGGACGUGACCCUCACUUUCCCCCUUCCCGAUGGCAUCACCAAAGAGCACAUUCGGGUCCAUUUUUCUCCUGAUCACUUCAGUAUAUCAUUAAAGGAAAAGGACCCAUUUCUGAAAGGACAGCUUUACUCCGUGAUUGAUCAUGAAAGCAGCGUCUGGAUUAUAACAGAUGAAAGAAGUGUGGAGGUCACGUUGGCAAAGAGAGAUGUGGGCCGUAUGUGGGCAGAAGUAAUCGUGGGCGACAAUCAAGGAGAAUUUGUUGCAGAUCCAGCACAGUGUGCAGCAAUAGCCGAGCAACUGGUACAUCUCACAUCCGAGGUCUUGAACCCAAAUCCGGACUGUGAGAAGCCUCCGUGCAAUGCCCAGGACCUGGAAGAGUGUGACAUGUCGCUUGAGGACAGUACGACUUUGUGUAGAUUCGAUGGUAACACCAUGAAAACUACUCAUGUGAUAAAUCUGGGAGGCAACCAAUUCCUGUUUUCACUUGUAGCAACUCCAGAAAUGAUGCCGUGCUUCUCGCUGAGACAUGAUGUGGACGCGCUUCUGUGGCAGCCAGUGUCCGGCCAAGGUGACAGUUUAUGGGAACAUGCAGCUACGUUCAAUGCUCUUGGAUACGUCCAGGCAUCGAAACAAGACAAGAAGUUUUUCACCUGUGCUCCGAAUUUCUCCUACGCCGCCCUGUGCGAGUGCGUUCGGCGGAUAUUCAUCUAUCGCCAGCCCACCCCAAUGUUCACCGUGCUGUACAACAGGAAAGAAGGCAGACAUGUAGGACAGGUUGCUAAGCAGCAGGUAGCAAGUCUGGAGAGCAGCGAUCCCAUCUUAGGUUUUCAAGCUUCCAAUGAGCGACUGUUUGUUCUAACCACAAAGAAAUUAUUUGUAAUCAGGGUAAACGCCGCAGGCUAAUGAGCCAUCCCCCCGCGCGCCUUUCAUCUCCGCUCGCUGCCGCUCACAAUAUUCCUACGUGAGCUUUUGAAGUUUCUAUCCAGGCUGCAGUGUUUUUAAAAAAAAAUGGUUUCAUAAUCUUCUCAUUCACCAAUAAAACAUUAAAAGCCAA